AUGCCGCGCGAAAUUAUUACCUUACAGCUUGGCCAAUGUGGCAAUCAAAUUGGUAUGGAAUUUUGGAAGAGGUUAUGCGUUGAACAUGGCAUCAAUUCUGAGGGAAUGCUUGAAGAUUUUGCUACCGAAGGAACGGACAGGAAAGAUGUCUUUUUCUAUCAGGCGGACGAUGAACAUUAUAUUCCUCGUGCAGUUUUGCUUGAUUUAGAACCUCGCGUCAUCAACAUGAUCUUAAAUUCACCAUAUGCUAACUUAUACAACCCUGAAAAUAUCUACAUGUCCAAACAUGGUGGUGGAGCUGGUAAUAACUGGGCUAGUGGUUAUUGUCAGGCCGAGAGAUUGCAUGAAGAAGUAUUCGAUAUCAUUGAUAGAGAGGCUGAAGGGAGCGACAGCCUAGAGGGAUUUGUACUAUGCCACUCCAUUGCAGGCGGAACCGGCUCUGGUAUGGGAUCAUAUAUGUUGGAAAAACUGAACGACAGAUUUCCAAAGAAGUUGAUACAGACCUACUCAGUCUUCCCCAAUCAGGACGAAAUAAGUGACGUUGUUGUGCAACCGUACAAUUCAAUUUUAACGUUAAAAAGAUUAACCAUGAAUGCAGAUUGUGUGGUGGUCCUUGAUAAUACCGCUUUAAAUAGAAUUGCAGCAGACAGACUUCGAAUGCAGAAUCCAAGUUUUUCGCAAGUUAAUCAGCUGGUAUCGACUAUCAUGUCUGUCAGCACCGCCACAUUGCGUUAUCCUGGUUAUAUGAAUAACGAUUUAAUUGGUUUAGUAGCAUCUCUUGUGCCUACACCCAGGCUUCAUUUUCUGAUGACUGGGUAUACUCCAUUAACAACUGAUCAGCAGGUUGCCAACGUGCGCAAAACUACAGUGUUGGAUGUAAUGAGAAGACUAUUGCAGCCAAAAAAUGUAAUGGUUUCAACGCCUAGAGAUCGGAAACACAAUCAUUGUUAUAUCUCCAUCCUGAAUAUUAUACAAGGCGAAGUCGAUCCCACGCAGGUGCACAAGAGUUUGCAACGGAUACGCGAAAGAAAAUUAGCUCAAUUUAUUCCAUGGGGACCUGCUAGCAUACAGGUUGCGCUUUCAAGAAAAUCUCCCUAUCUCCAGACUACACAUCGCGUGAGUGGAUUAAUGAUGGCUAAUCACACUGGAAUUUCUUCACUAUUUGACAGUACAUGUAGACAGUAUGACAAAUUAAGAAAGAGAGAGGCAUUCUUAGAACAAUUCCGAAAAGAAUCUAUGUUUGAAGAAAAUUUAGAUGAAUUAGACAAUUCAAGAGAAAUCGUUCAGCAGCUGAUUGAUGAGUAUCAUGCCGCAACUGAACCUUCGUAUUUAUCCUGGACGGCAACGAAAAAGGUAUAG